GUGAAGUCUACUACUACAUAGUAGUACAAACCAUUUGAUACCUACUUACCUACAUACGAAUACGUAUACCUUAGGUAUAUGUUGAUAUGUAAGUACAAUACAUGCAUAGGUAAGUAGGUAAGUAAUGGGCUGGACCGGGUCAAUCAUGUCUCCUCACUGCCGUGCCGGCCACCCCACCUCAAGAAUUUACCAAGUGGUGGGGUCAAAGAGGCUUCGAGCAAAAAACUCCGCAUCAAACAAGAUGACCGGGACAUUGCACAGUGAUAAACCUGCCUAGUACUAGGUACUAUCUACUAGGUACUAUCUACUAGGUUAGGUAGGAACAAUUCAUUACUUAUAAAGCUUGACAGCUCAAGAUCUUUCUUUCAUCUAAUUCUCCUAAUUCCCCCCUCAAGUUUAUUUAUUUCAACUUUGAUACCUUUUUUAUCAUAUUUCCAAUCUUCAUUAUUCCAAUUCGACAUCAUGGCUGAUACCGUUGGCAAGACCAUCAAGUGUAAGGCCGCCGUUGCCUGGGAAGCUGGUAAACCUCUGAGUAUCGAGGAAAUCGAGGUCGCGCCCCCGAGAGCCCACGAAGUUCGAAUCCAGAUCUAUUACACUGGUGUCUGUCAUACAGAUGCCUACACGCUAUCAGGCAAAGACCCAGAAGGCGCAUUCCCUAUUGUCUUGGGGCACGAGGGAGCUGGUCUCGUCGAAUCCGUUGGUGAAGGUGUCACCAAUGUAAAGCCUGGCGACCAUGUCGUCGCACUCUACACUCCCGAAUGCAAGGAAUGCAAGUUCUGCAAAUCUGGCAAGACAAACCUUUGCGGCAAGAUCCGGGCGACUCAGGGUAAGGGUCUGAUGCCUGACGGCACUUCCCGCUUUACCUGCAAAGGAAAGGAACUUCUUCACUUCAUGGGAACGUCGACUUUCUCUCAAUACACUGUCGUGGCCGAUAUUUCCGUCGUAGCUGUCCAACAAGAUGCCCCUAUGGAUCGUACCUGCCUGCUAGGCUGUGGUAUCACCACCGGCUACGGCGCUGCGAGAAUCACUGCCAACGUCGAGGAGGGAUCCAACAUUGCCGUGUUCGGUGCUGGUUGCGUGGGUCUUUCGGUUGUCCAGGGCGCUGUUGCGCAGAAGGCAGGCAAGAUCAUCGUUGUAGAUGUGAACCCGAGCAAGGAAGAAUGGUCUAAGAAGUUUGGCGCCACCGACUUCGUCAACCCCACCAAGCUGGAGGGACAGACAAUCCAAGAUAAGCUAAUCGAGAUGACCGAUGGCGGCUGCGACUACACAUUCGAUUGCACUGGCAAUGUUGGCGUGAUGCGAGCAGCCCUGGAGGCUUGCCAUAAGGGAUGGGGCCAGAGCAUCGUCAUCGGUGUUGCUGCUGCCGGCCAGGAGAUCUCAACCAGACCAUUCCAAUUGGUCACUGGUCGUGUGUGGAAGGGUUGUGCCUUUGGUGGUGUGAAGGGCCGAUCUCAACUACCUGGCCUCGUUGGAGAUUAUCUGGAUGGCAAGUUGAAGGUAGAUGAGUUCAUCACUCAUCGCGAGACCUUAGACAAGAUCAACACAGCAUUUGAGACGAUGAAGGCAGGAGACUGUAUUCGCUGCGUUGUGACGAUGAAGGAAUAAAAUAAAAGGGGUGUUGAUCACGUGUAAAGCAAGCAUGAAAUAUCCUGAGAUUUAGU